GAGAGAGAGAGAGAGAGAGAGAGAGAGAGAGAGAGAGAGAGAGAGAGAGAGAGAGAGAGAGAGAGAUGGAGGCGGGGCGAUCAAGUGGUCGAGUGCUUCCGGAUGAGAUUUGGUGGCUGAUCCUGCGGCACGGAGUGAAUUCCGCGGGCUUUGCAGCGGGCGAAUUAUGUGCUUUGGCUAUGCUGAAUCGUCAAUUGAGGAGGAUUCUAGGCGACGGCGAAGGGAACGAGCUAUGGAAGUUUCUCUUUUACAAACACUGGCCUAAGCUAAGGCCAUCGACCCGAUCCCAGUCGGGAAACGCUCACAGCCGGGACAAGUCACCUCAAUCCAGCGACUGGAAAGGACAGUAUCAAAUCAGAUUUUCCCUCGAGAAGUCGGAAAGAGAUGCAGCUCACAGGAGACGUGUCCUAAGGGUUCAAAGCCAAGUGGCGAUUUUGCAGAACCAGAUGCGGGACUACCAUAGGCAACGGAAAGUGGAACUGGCUCGAUUAGACUCGGCCACGCAUGAACACCUGAUGUUGCACAGGAUAAGGAGGGCAGGUGUGGCAGCCAAGGUCUGGGAGCCCCAAGCUGUGCGACAGAGACACCAGGCAUUGGUCGAACAAUCACCAGUUGACGUAGGUGCGAGGAUUGAGGCGCUGAGGAACGAGAUGGCAGUUUGCAGGGAGGCAGUUGAACGAUUGACACGAUGCAUGAACCGCAAAAAACUUCUACUUCAAGCAGAAGAAGAAGAGCUCGUUGCAUUAGUAUCUGGUGGUAGUCCUGCCAAGGGAGUUAGAAAAAAUUUACCUUUGGCAUCGCCUGGAGCGGAGAAAAAGGCGGGGAGAUCGGCUAAGCUGCGACAAGAGUUGGCACCCAGGCACUGCCAGUGGGCAGAGUCAUCGGCAGUCGGAAGGGUCACCAUCAGAGAGGGCAUCACCUAUUUUGACCCGGAGUAUCGCAAGAAACUUUUGUAGUCUAAGAAGAGGAGGACUUUGUUGCACUACUAUCUGGUGGUAAUGCUGCCAAGGGAGUUGGAGAAAGUUCACCUUUGGCAUUUUUGUGCGGAGCGGAGAAAAUGACGUGGCUAGCUGCGACAGGAGUCGGCGCUAAUGGCUGUGAAUGCCAUAGAAAGUACUAGAAACCAGGGUUCUUCAAGGCGCUGGAAUUCAACGCAGAACCUGCAAAAGGUGGGUGUAGUCUGUCAGAGAUUCAAAGUCGAUGCCAACUCAGAUGCACAGUGCCACCGGACCAAAAUAGCUGGCACUGUCACCCGAAAGAACGAAAGAUCGCGUCCACUCCGGUUCGUUCUUUUGUGACGCGCAGCACUCGGGACACACACACAAAAAAAAGGACAGUCUCGGACACAGAGGCGGUUGACAAAGUCCGAGUGUGGGUACACCACCAAACGUAGAAGAUCUUGCGUUGUGUGUUUACCUUCUGCCAUGGCCGACAGUUGCUGCUCGAGGAGUGCUAGAGGUAGGGCCUCGCGUGUGUGAACGGAUGACAGGAGCUUGAGGCUGGUUCUCAUCCUUCUCCAAGACAUGAAUGAAAGAUCUCUUUUGUA